GCAACCGCGAUGGCGCCGUUAUCUCCAACGUGAUAUCUGAGUGGAUACACCACCGGCUCUAAUCGUAAGCUCUUGACCCAUGGGUCGAUAGGAUCGCACAUGAGCUGCCUUUUCUACAUCUGUCAGACAGCCAUCCAGACAUUGUUCUUCCCGUGUUCUGGAUUUCGUCGUCCUAUAUAACUCCUAGUUGGAGUCCUCGAUUGUUUUCUGGGGUGCGCAUCGUGGGAUCUCAGUGAGCUUCUUACCCCGCCGAACAAAAAUUCAAGAGAUCGCUUGCCGCUACGAGGUAGCUUCCACAAUCAUGGGUGUCACCGAAUGGAAAACGACCGUCGGCGAAAAGACCUCGACGUUUAAGGGGGCAUUUCGGAGUCGCGAAGGCUUUAAGUAUUUCAUAGAGACUCGGGACACGGCUCUUGAUCAGCAUCGCGACCCUGACGCGAAGCAUGGCCAGACGUGGAGUAACGAAGAUUUGGACCCAACUCCGCCAGAGAAGCGGACCUGGCGAUGGUGGAAUUAUGUGACGUUCUACACGGGACUCUCCUUUGGCAAUUGGACAUUGGGCAGUACUAUGGUGGGAAUUGGCCUGAACUGGUGGCAAUCCAUUCUAGUAAUCUUUGCCAGUCAAAUGAUCUCUUCCAUUGCCAUGUUCUUCAACUCAAGAUGCGCUAGUGUCUAUCACAUCGGCUACCCCGUCGUCGCUCGAAGCGUGUUUGGCAUGUGGGGUUCCUACUAUUUCGUUGGGGCACGUGCAGCUCUUGCAAUUAUUUGGUAUGGGGUACAGUUAUACUCCGGAGCGAGCUUCAUGGCCAAUAUUCUACGCUGCAUUUUCGGCCACAACUACACAGAUAUUCCAAACCACAUCCCAGAAUCAGUUGGUAUCACCACAGCUGGGAUGUUGGCAUUCUUCCUUUUCUGGCUUGUCCACUUUCCAUUCUGUGCCUUUAGACCCUAUCAGCUCCGAGGCUUCUUCUGGUUCAAAUCAAUCGUGAUUCUUCCAGCCGUUUGGGGGUUAUUCAUCUUUUGCAUGGUCAACACGAAGGGCCAUAUUGGGACGCUUUACGAGUCUAAGAUUUCCGGAGGCAAGGGUUGGUUUAUUAUGUAUGCCAUCAACAGUGGUAUGGGCAACACAGCGACUUUGAUAACCAAUCAACCCGACAUUGCCAGAUGGAGCAAAACUAAGUCUGGAGCUCAAUGGUCGCAACUAAUUAGCAAUCCCAUCGCAGUCACGUUGUCGGCAUCUCUUGGUAUUCUCGCUACCGCUGCGAUCAACAAUAGCUGGGAUCUCGAUCUAUGGAAUCCAUGGGAUCUUCUGGGUGCGAUUUUGGACAGAUAUUGGACCGGAAGUGUCCGAUUUGCUGUCUUCUUGUCUGCUUUCACCUGGAUGGUAUCUAUCCUUGGAACGAACAUUGCAGCGAACAUGAUUCCUUUCGGAUCAGACAGCAGUAUGCUCUUCCCACGAUACAUCACUAUUCCACGUGGACAGUUCAUUGUCGAAUUCCUCGGCUUUGCCAUUUGUCCCUGGAAGAUCCUUGCUUCCGCAUCCGUCUUCACGACCUUCCUCUCAGGCUACGGUCUAUUUAUGGCUAGUGUUGUUGCCGUCAUGAUUUGUGAUUAUUAUCUCCUCACCAAAGGCAACGUCUUCAUCGGACACCUCUACAACGGCUCCCGCACCAACAAACACUACUACUACCACCAUGGCUGGAACAUCCAAGCGCUCAUCGCCUACAUCUGCGGCAUCGUGCCCCCAUUCCCGGGCUUCGUCGGCACGCUCGGCGCGCACGUCUCCACCGGCGCUACGGAUCUCGGACGUCUCGGCUGGCUGCUCUCCUUCACGAUCUCCUUCAUCGUGUAUUUUGCCAUCUGUACGGUCUGGCCAACGAAGAACCAGAGGCUGAUCAAGGAGAUGGGGCUCGGGUGGGAGGAGCAGAGUGGUGAUACGAUUACUGCGGAAGAUGGGACACAGAUUGUGGAGGAGGGGAAGCAGGUUAGGGUUAGGGAUGAGAGUUCUGAUGAUAUUGUGAGGGAUCACCUGUAUGGUGCUGAGAAGAAUUGAUGGGGGUAGGUUGGUGUUACUACUGUCCUUGACGAAUAUUCGCUAUUCUG